AUGAAUGUUUUGUACUUCCCAAAGGAGGUCCUAGACAAGGCAAUCGAGGAGUCAUGCAAUGAUAUCUUCCAUUCCUUGACUGAUGAGAGUCAGAUAGAUGAUGACCGACUACAGCAUAUGAAUGAGAAAUCUGCAAGGAAUAAAGGGAAAUACAUCAAAUUUGUGGUACAUUUAUCUACAAUUCCUAAUGAACGGGUAGAAAUCAGCAUUGACAAUGAAUACAGCAUUAUGUUCCUUCGUAAGGAGAUCAUCAGCAAGAUCCAGCUCAAGUUGAAGUUCCUCUAAAAGGAAUCAACUCUUUAAGGAUCACAAAAUUGAAAUAAAAUUGGGCAGUUUGAAAAUGUAAAGAUUCCGCAAGAAGGAAUCGUUAGUGAUCAUAUCCAAGAAGGUGAUCAACUUCUUUGUGACUUUGAAUGCAGUGAAAUCUGGAUUAAAGCCAAGAUGUACUUUGACUCUCCUGGUAAGAACAUUAUGGCAGAGUGUAGUCUGAAGUUACAGCUGAACCAGAAGGUUAAGAAUUUCAAGAAAAUGAUGCAAAAGUUUAUUUAUUGCAUUUGGAAUAAAUUUUGUGCUGAGCAAGAUAAUGAAGUAAUAAACACAACUACAUAUGUACUUGACGGUUUCAAAUUUCUACUGGAUGAAGAUACUAUCGAUGCAAUGAUUCAGCAGAAAGAGGAGAAGAAGCGCAAUCCUUCUGACUAUGAACCUUCUUUAGACUCACUAGAAUGACAAGAUAAUGAUAAUCUUAACAGUAUUCAAAAAGGAAUCAAGCUGACAAAGCUAAAAACUUCCUUUGAUGUAAUAAUGAGCAUGAGCAAUAUUGAAGAUACCUUCUCUGACUGUACAUGGGGAAAGGAUGAUUACCAAGAAAGAUUUGACAGGGAUUUUGGCAAGAUUAAAGACUACUUUUCAAACCAGUUCGAAAUUCAGAAGAACUCAACCAGUCUUAUCAGUGAAGGAGAUUAUUCAUAUACAAAUUUUAAGCCUACUGAUACUACUGGGUGAUUGAACCUAAUCGAAGUUCGUUGCAAAUUUUUGUCUCUAAAGAAUGAAUUCAGGAGGAGGUUAAAUAAUCAAAUAAAAAGAUCACCCGUCCAGAAAUCAGGCUCUUUCUUAAAUAGUGGAAAUAAUCUAGAGAAAACUGCUGAAGAAGAUUCACAUCAUGUGGACAUAGAGAUGAAGAAAGAGUUAAAACCAAGGACAGUAAAAGUCCUGGAUUAUCCUAAUCCUAAACCCCGGAAGACUUCUAAAGACCUAGAGAUAUCCAGUUUUGAUGAAAUAGUUGCCAUGACCUCCUCUCAGAAUGUAAAUGCUUAUCAAAGGCGUGGAAGUAUGUCAUCCCGUAGGUUCGAGUCCCGUCGUAACCAAGUGUUGCCUUACUCUUUGUUCGGCAAUAUUAUCGUAGAUGAGCAAACAAAUUGGAGAGUGAUGAAGAAGAACGAAUCUUUGCUUCUAGGUGAUGCAUUUUUCUCACUCCCAAAGUCAUCAGAUGUUACUCAUUUUGUUGAGAAUUCAUUGUGAAAGUCUCCUCUAGAUUACACCCCAAGGAAAUCGAGUCUUGCUGAUACUGAGGAGGAUUUCAAGGCACUAGAUUGCAGAGAAGAACAGGAGAGAAUCAAACUAAUAGAUAAAUUAAUCGCACAGUAUGAUCGAAGUUCAAGUGAAUCUGGAGGAACUCAUGAAGAAGAAAAGGUGCUUCAACCAUUGAUCGAGCUACCUCAAGAGCUUGAAGAAAAAGUUGAGGAAGAGCCGAAGGAUAUGUAUAAGCAAUAUCUGUACGAAAAAUUGGUCGAUAAGCCACUUGACGGGGUUAACUGUUGCUACAAUUAUUUAGAAAAGUUUUACCGUGAGGAUAUGGAUAUCUCAAGUUUUGAGAACACAAAAUUGAUGGAGUUAAAGCAUAGCUCCUUGGUUGCUCACUCAAGUGGCUCAUUGCACCUGAAUGAUUCCUCAAAAAUGAUAUCGAUUCCAUUACACAAGACAAGAGAUUGCUCAAAUUUGGAGAAGAUCAGGAAGGUCAUCAAGGAUAAUGACUUCCAGAUCUCUGUGCUAGAGUGCAUCUGCCAAAAGAUUGGGAAACCAGAGGCUCAUUUCCAAGAGAUGUACGAGAACAGGAAGAAGAGUAAUAAGCAGAGAUUUAGUAAUCUGUUCUUGAGCCUGAGCAAUAUUGUAAAGCUAGGAUAUCAUUCUAAGACUCAAAUAGAAAUUGAUAAAAUAACGAGGGAAAUUUUGAAGAGCAUUAUGGAUCAUUCUGAUAAUGUUUUGAGAUUGGAGGAUGAUGAUUUCCCAGAAGAAAUUCCGCAGAUAAGAGAGUUCAAGUAUCAAAAAAUAUUGGCCGCACAAGAAGAAAUAAUUCCAGAAGACGCAUCAUGGUUUGAAAGAUUUAGAAGGUCAAUAUCAAGACUUUCAGAUUGAAUUUGCUGAAGAUAA